AUGGCUCCUGUUGCUGUCGCUGUCGCCCCCGCGGCCCACAUCUUUGACAAGCCUGUCCAGGCAACCGUCUUCACUGCUCCCACCCCCACCCCCACUCCCACCCCCGUUGCCUCGUCGUCGUCGUCGUCGAGGCCCCACGGUGCCCUCACCUCUGGCCAGCUUGAGCCCGACCACACCCAGCUCAUCCCUUACGAGUCGUUCCCCAAGGAGAUUACCGGACCCACUGUCUGGACCAAGGAGGAGUACUAUGGCGACGAGUCCAAGUGGAAGUGGCAGUGGAACGCCGAGCAGAUCCAGCUCCUCGAGCAGGCGUACACUGCGUUUGAGCAGAAGAACCUGAGCCUCACCGAGGUCAACCAGGACAACUUCCCUCUCCCUCCCGCCAUCACCACCUUCCUCCUCGAGAUCCGCGAAUUCAUUGUCAACGGUCCUGGCUUUGUUCUCAUCCAGGGUCUUCCCGUGGACCAGUGGAGCGUCGUCAAGUCGUCGGCCAUUUACCUCGCCAUUGGCUCCAUCGUCGGUGUUCCCAUCUCGCAGAACGCCAAGGGCCACAUUCUCGGCCACGUCAAGGACCUGGGCAACGACCCCACGCAGAUCCACAAGGUCCGCAUCUACACCACCACCGCCCGCCAGUUCUUCCACACCGACUGUGCCGACGUCGUCGGUCUUCUGUGCCUGCACAAGGCCAAGGAAGGUGGCGAGUCGGACGUCGUGUCUGCCCACGCUGUGUGGAACACUCUCCAGCGCGAGCGCCCCGACAUUGCCAAGCUCCUGGCCGAGCCCAACUGGUACUUUGACCGCAAGGGCGAGGUGUCAGACGGCCAGAAGCCAUGGAUCCAGAAGGCCAUCUUCUACUACACCGACGGCAAGGUCAACUCGCACUACGACCCGUACUACAUCCGUUCCAUCGGCCGUUUCGUCGAGUCAGGCCAGAUCCCAGGCCACACACCCGAGCAACUCGAGGCCAUCCAGGUGCUCGAGGAGACUGCCCAGCGUCUUGCCCUCCACAUGGUGCUCGCCGUCGGUGACAUUCAGUUCGCCGGCGAGACCCACGUCUUCCACGCCCGCACCGCCUACGUCGACCACCUGCCCCCUCUCCCGCGCCGCCACCUCCUCCGCCUCUGGCUCGCCACACCCGAGAGCGAGGGCGGCUGGAAGCGUCCUUACCCCGACAGCGCGGCGCCCAAGCGCGGCGGCAUCCAGGUCAACGGGCAGCGCGAGACUUGCCCCCUGGACGCCGAGUAA